AUGGCUAAUAGUAUCAGCGAUUAUCCAUUGUGCAGUAGUCAGUAUCCUUCUGGCAAUGUGGAUGAAUUUCAUCCAUUCGUGGAAGCACUGCUACCAUUCGUUAAAGAAUUCAGUUAUGUUUGGUUCAAUUUGCAAGCUGCAAAAAGACGUUAUAUGAAAAGAAAUGAAAAAAGAAUGACCGUAAGUGAAGAGAAAAGUUGCAAGGAUGCCUUGAUGAAUGAACGAGUAGAAAUCAAGCAAAAGUGGGCUGGACGAUUACUUGGAAAGUUGAGGAAGGAUAUACAACCUCACUGUCGAGAAGAUUUCGUUCUUUGUGUAACAGGACAGAGACCAGCUGUUUGCAUUCUCUCGAAUCCAGACCAGAAAGGUAAAAUGCGACGCAUCGAUUGCCUGCGACAAGCCGAUAAAGUAUGGCGUCUGGAUUUGGUGAUGGUCAUUUUAUUCAAGGGUAUUCCCUUAGAAAGUACAGAUGGUGAACGUUUAGAAAAAUGUUCUGAAUGUGCGUACCCAACUUUAUGUGUUAAUCCAUAUCAUAUUAGUAUUGCUGUACGAGAAUUAGAUCUAUUCUUGGCGAAUUUUAUCCACACAACAAAUCCGGACGCAGCAGACGAAGAAGACGAGGAAAAAGAUCCGGAAAAAUUACCUACCCAUGAAGGUAUUUGGGGUACAGGAGUGUUUACUGCAUAUGAAUUGAAAACUUUGACGAGACCUUCAGUUAUAAGAUUGGUUGAAGGCGAAGCUCGUAUCCCACCAGGAAUCAUUCCACAGAAAGAAGAACCGUACAACGAGUUAGAAUGGCACUCAUCUUGCAGUCCGCCACCUCCAUCAUCAAGACACCACAUUGAUGCUGAAUCUGUCCCCAUUUCUGAUGCAGAAUAUAGGAUAUCUGAGACACAUGAUGACAUUGAAGACACCGAUGCCAGGAUAGGCGCCAGUGAAUUGGGUAGCACAAAUGGAACAGCACAAGUGGGACCAAUGGUAACAGUUGCGGAUGCAGUAGAUGUACAGUUGACUUUUCCACAUUUUGAACAUUCAGAUCUUGGCAAUGAUACUGGUGAAACGACAAAAAAGCGUAGUCGGCAUGCUUCACAUGAUAGUGUGGGCAGUGUUAACGAAGAAAUACAUCAAUUAAUUGGUAGGCGUACGAUAAGUCAUCCAAUAUAUAUCAAUAUGAAAAAGAAUGGAGAUAGCAGUGGACGUGAUCGGAGGCAAAAACUCAUAUGGUCACCCUACUCAGUUUCGACAUCAAAUGAAGGACAUUUGCGUUUAGUAAGGAACAGUGCUUUGAGUGCAAGCAACAAGAAUAGUGCUGGAAGAAUGAUCAUACAUCUUCCACUUAGACAUUCUAAUGAGGUACAUGAGGACAGAUAUCAUGAAGCAAUCGAAAGGAUUGGUAUCAAUGAGGUAAUCGUGGAGCACAGUACUGUUGGACGAGAGACUGGAUCGACUUGUGAUGAUUUGCUUGUUCCGGUAUGUGCGGCUGAUCAGCAGAAUCGAUUAUCUGAAGGCUUUCAUGUGUAUCAUUCCGAUCAUCAAAGAACACAGUUUUUGAAUAGUACGGUGUCCACUGUUACACAGCAUCGCCCUGUGACUGCUUUCACUCGUCUUACUCGUAACUCCAAAGUAGGGAACUCGUCUACUGCUGCGCAAAAUAUUGGUCAGGUCAUUACGUUGAGAAAACGUCACUAUUCCCCGAAGUUAGUGAAUGAAGAGACUAGGACAGCAAUAAACAACGAAACCAAAGAUAACACCGUUGAGCAUCAUGAAGAACAUUUAACAUCUCAAAAUUGUAUGGAUAUGCUCUUGCAAAGCUCGUCAAGCGUAAAUAUUGUUGAAAUGCAACAGUCAAGCCCUACAAAGUUUACAACAUCCAGUGGUGAUGUGAUUAGUUUCAGUACCGUGUUGCACAGCAUUGAAAGUAUUGAUUCAAUAAAACGUAACAUAAGUGGUCUGGAUGUGUCCCUGUCAGGCUUAUCUUCACGAACUUUGCUCAUGGACGAGAGACGCAUAUUAGAACAUGAUGUAGCCAGCGUUGCUGAGGUAGAAGCAAGAAUUGCAAAGAAAGUUGCAUUACUAGAUCAACCAGUGCGAGAAUUUACUACCAAACCUGGAAAUCCUCAGCUUUUGAUCACUCCUCGACCUGUGGUAGCACAUCGUCCAACUUUCAUGUCUAAUAUCGACGAAGCAAAUAACAACGCAGCGGCUGCUGCGGCUCGUGAUGCGAAGAUUAGUCAUAUUGUAUCACGACAACAACAGUUGUUUGACAGUGCAUGCAGCUCAGCAAUAGGUUCACCAGUUCCGUUUACGCUGAAUAGCCCAUUAACUACUCCUCGAAGCACACCGGUGCCUGCUUCUAGUUCAGUUCUUGGUACACCAGUUCCUGGAACACGAAUUCCAUCUAGAGGGCCAUUGAACGAAGAGGAUUAUUCCAGCAUUGUUCAAAACGUUAUCUCUGUCUCCGGUGGUUCAUCCGCUCCUACUGACCAAGCUUUGCUAAAAGAAGUUUCGAAUCAAUUCUUGAAUUAUUUCAAUGAGAACAGUCGAUCACCACAUAAUGGCACUUUUGUUUUACAAAGUUCUUCUGAUGCACGAUCUGAUUCAUCGGCGUCAAACAUAUCAGUACCUGGCAUUAUAUCGCUUUCAACACCUCCAACAAAUGCGUUGAUCACAUCUCAGACGCCAACUGCAACAUCACCAAUUGCUGAUUCAUCAGCCAGCUCUGAACAGCUCUCAGCGCGUGCUUUGUCGGAUUCAGCUUCCAGUGACUCACGUCAAACAGAAAGCAGGGUAGUGCCGUCGCCAUGUUUUCCAUCUAUUAAUUCUGCAGCAGCAUUAUCGUCCAGUUCUCAUAAUUUAAGCAGUCCAUCAGAAUUUAUGAGAAGCUGA